CAUGCUGUUACUUAACAGUUAUCUGUAUUGAGUUUAGGCUCAUUAUGGUUGAUUAUUUUUUUCCAUUGAGAGGCAAAUUUUCUAUUUCCUUUUACCCUGAAUGGAACACCCAGGUUUUUAUUAUAAGUAACCUGGCUGCUUGGUCUCAAUGACAUAUAGUAUGCAAUGUGAGAUACAGUUUUGAUACUAACCUGGACGAAGUUGUGGGAAAUAACCAUAAAGAAACAGACUACUCUUUCAUAACUUUCAAAACUGAAGCUCUCCAAUGUCAGCAAAUGUCAUGUAAUCUGUAGCUGAUAGAAAAGUAAUAACCUCCCAUGUGAGUCCCCUGAGCCUGUGUGAGGGGAUACUGUUCCUGAUAUUCUGGCUGAUACCAAUAAAAAGGGGAAAAAGGCCCCACUUGACUAAAGGUUGGGUAGCUGGAGUCUCUUGAUUUAACUCCAGCCCUCUUGAUUGCCAAGAGUCACCUGAAGCCUACUGGUAUAGCAGUUAUUAAGGCCCACCUUCCAUAACUGCUAAUCUGUGCUCCUCUAUAGACUCCAUUCUCUUUUUAUUGAAAAAAGUCCAGCCUUAACUCAUUUGUGGCUUGGACACCAUUGAAGGAUUUGGAUCAGAGCAAAAUGGACGUCACAAAUAUGAAACAGUGGUGAAAAAGUCCUUAAAGAGCUAGUUGGGCCUUUUUAUUUUAAGUCACCAGAGUGGUUAUAAAUUAUGCAUACAAACAAGCUGAUAUUGAAUAGAUAUGCCAAAUUCAAUCAUAACUACUUACAGUCAUUUCUGUAUAUGUCAAAAGGAAUGAAAGGAAAUGUUACAGUUCAGAAACAAUUAAUAUUUCAUGCUCUUAAUUUUAACAGGGACUUGUCCUGCAAUAAAAUCCUGACUAUUGAAAAGCGUGCAUUUGAGCCUCUUCCUUUUUUGCAGUUUCUAAAUCUUCGUGGAAAUCUCAUUGCAGAAAUUAGUUACGGGACAUUCGUGGCAUGGCAUGGGAUGCAGUUUUUGCAGAAGAUAGUCCUAAGCCGUAAUCCGCUGUCAGCCAUUGCCGACAAAGCUUUUCUUCAAUUGCCAACCUUGAAGUACCUAGAUUUAGGUGCAACACAAGUGACUGAACAGAUAUUUCACACUCUUCUCAUUGUAUCACUACACUUAGAAACCCUGUAA